UGAUGAUGACAGCAUGCAAAACGCACCGUGUACGUCUCUGAGCCGAAGUGGCAGAUGCAGAUUUUAAUCAUGAAAAAGUAAAGUAUUAUUUUUGGGGUUAUUUUACUGUAGAAGGAUAGAAGAAGAAGAAGAAAUCAGGGAAUCAUGGAGACCAUUUUGGAGCAACAGAGGCGGUUGCACGAGGAGAAAGAGCGGAUCGUUGAAGCCAUGGUGAAAGAAACGCUGCACAAGAAAAGUUCGAACCGCGAGCAGAUUAACUCAGACCAGCGGACCAGGAAACUACUUGAUAAAUACAUGGACGAUACAUCCACACUGAGGGACAUAUAUGAAGACAAGGAUGGUCUGCGAAAAGAGGAGGUGCAAGCGUUAUCAGGACCGAACGAGUUCCAAGAAUUCUAUGCCAGAUUGAAGGUCAUUAAGGACUUCCACAGGAAGCAUCCCAAUGAGAUUGCGAUUCCAAUGUCCUAUGACUACGAGCGGAUGGACGAGGAGCGCGCCAACCCAGGAGAAGACAACCAAACCCUGGUGGAGUUCACCGAUGAAGAGGGAUACGGCAAGUACCUGGACCUCCAUGAAUGCUACGAUAAAUACAUCAAUCUCAAGAGUAUUGAGAAAAUUGAUUAUCUGACGUACCUGGCUACGUUUGAUCAGCUCUUCAGCAUCCAGAAAGACCGGAAAAAUGCUGAAUACAGAAGGUAUCUGGAGCUUCUGCUGGACUAUCUGCAAGGCUAUACGCGCCGCCUCAAACCCUUGCUAGACAUCUCGGAGGAACUGGAGAAGAUCAAGUUGGACUUUGACGGGCAGUGGGAAGGGGCAACCUUCCCUGGAUGGGGGAAAGAAGCAACCAGUGCACUAGCGCAUGCUGGAGCACAUCUGGAUCUCUCCGCUUUCUCAUCGUCUGAGGAAUUGGCCUCCCUGGGUCUGGAUCGUCUCAAGUCUGCUCUGAUGGCUCUCGGCUUGAAGUGUGGCGGGACGUUGGAGGAGAGAGCACUUCGACUAUUCAGCACCAAGGGAGUACCCAUGGACCAGCUGGACGCCUCCCUGUUUGCCAAGAGCAAAUCGGGCAAAGCAGGCAAAAAGGAUAACAGCGGCAAGCAGAAGGACAUGGCGUUCCUGGAGGCACAGGUCUAUUUCUUUGCUGAACUGCUGGGGGAGCAACGGUUAGCCACGCGCGAGAACAUCCAGCGCAAACAGGCGCGCACGGACGCGGAGCGCGAAGAUGACGAAGAGGAGCAGUACAGUGACAGCGACAGCGACGACGAUGAUAAUGAGGUCAUCUAUAACCCCAAGAACCUCCCCCUCGGAUGGGACGGCAAGCCUAUCCCCUACUGGUUGUACAAGCUCCACGGUCUAAACAUCACUUACUCCUGUGAGAUCUGUGGCAAUCAGACCUACCGUGGGCCCAAGGCGUUCCAGAGACACUUCGCUGAGUGGCGUCAUGCCCACGGGAUGCGUUGCUUGGGUAUCCCAAACACCGCCCACUUUGCGAACGUGACGCUGAUCGAAGACGCUCUGUCACUGUGGGAGAAAUUGAAGGAAGCGAAAUCAUCAGAGAGAUGGCGUCCAGACACAGAGGAAGAAUUUGAAGACUCAACUGGUAACGUCGUCAACAAGAAAGUUUUUGAGGAUCUGAAAAGACAAGGGUUGCUGUAACAGCUAAAUUUCCAAUUUUUUAAAGAUUUAUUUCAUUCAGUAGUAAAAGUUUUGUUAGAUGUUUUUGUGUGAAAUAUUAUUACAUUAUUUGUAAACAUGAAAAGCAAGGGAAGCAACACGAUCUGCUCAGCUUUUGUCUAGGUUAAUGCUUAAAAUAAGAGGGAAGUUUGAAAAAGUAAAAAAAUAUCCGAUGAAUCGCUGUUCUAUUCUGAAGAUAAAUUGUACAAACCUUGCUUCACAAUCCCUUAAUCAGGUCGAGCCGGGAUUAUUUUUGCCAAAAAUUUUGAUUUUCAAAAAGUCAAAAUAUAAAAGCCACUUUCUGAUAUACAUGUACAGCCAAACGCCACAAAAACUGAUUCGCAAGAGUCAUUUCAACAGUAUUUGUACAAGAUUUCUUGCCGAAACCUCAUAUUUUUCAACACUCUGGGGUGUGCACACGGAGCGUAAAAUGUUGAACAAUGGGCCAGAGGCAAGUCACUAAAUUUGGUCCAAAAAUGGACUUUUCUACAAUGGACUCAGAAAACUUCUUGAUGCAAAAUAAAAAAGUUUUUAAAAUCCUUAUUAUCAGUGUGAGUAUAAAUAAAGGUUGGUUGAAAAAAAAA